AUGGAACAUCGCCAAAAUACUUAUAAGAAAUCAACGGAGCGACUCAACUUGAAAAUGGGUAAAAGUAUUGUGUUCGACGAGAUCGCCGCACUGGCAAAUCAGCGGAUAUUAUUAAUUGACGGAGCGAUGGGCACGAUGAUUCAACGAGAGCAUUUAGAGGAGCACGACUUCAGGGGGAAGGUCCUUGAAAAACACUCCAAGCCACUGAAGGGGAACAAUGAUCUGUUGUCUAUCACACGACAGGAUAUUAUCUAUAAGAUCCAUACAUUGUACUUAGAGGCAGGUGCUGAUUUCAUCGAGACUAACACAUUUUCUGGGACCACCAUAGCUCAAGCCGAUUAUGAAACCGAACAUCUUGUCCAUGAAAUCAACUAUCAGUCGGCCGUUAUUGCCAGAAGAGCAUGCGAUGAUUUCGAAAGAAGUACAGGUGGAGAUAUUUAUUCAGUGUGA